CUCUCGGGGGCUGCGGGAGACACGCCUGCGCCCAGUUGGUGGUGGCGCUUAUGUGGGGGGCGUCCGUCCGCUUCGAGUUUUGGCCGGGGCGGGGGUCUGGGCUUUAGGCAUUUCGCAAUGUUUGGGAACCUAUUUGAAGAGGAUCAUUCCAGUGUAUCAAAUAAUCGGUAUGGAAAAGGGAAGAAAUUAAAGGCCGAAGCUGGGGAGCCGCCUGCUCCUCGGGCGUUCACCAAUUUAAGCGGAAUCAGGAAUCAGGGCGGAACCUGUUACCUCAAUUCUCUCCUUCAGACUCUCCAUUUCACGCCUGAGUUCCGAGAAGCUUUAUUUUCUCUUGGCCCAGAGGAGCUUGGUUCUCUAGAGGAAAAGGAUAAUCCUGAUGCAAAGGUUCGGAUCAUACCGCUACAGCUGCAGCGGCUGUUUGCUCAGCUCCUGCUCCUGGACCAGGACGCUGCCUCCACGGCAGACCUCACGGACAGCUUCGGGUGGACCCGCAACGAGGAAAUGAGGCAACAUGAUGUGCAGGAACUGAAUCGAAUUCUCUUUAGUGCUUUGGAAACUUCUUUAGUCGGGACCUCCGGCCAUGACCUCAUCAAUCGCCUCUAUCAUGGAACCAUUGUUAACCAGAUUGUUUGUAAAGAAUGUAAGAAUGUCAGUGAAAAGCAGGAAGACUUCUUAGAUCUAACAGUAGCGGUCAAAAACAUGUCAGGUUUGGAAGAGGCACUCUGGAACAUGUAUGUAGAAGAGGAGGUUUUUGACUCCGACAACUUGUACCGCUGCGGCACUUGUGACAGGCCGGUGAAGGCAGCAAAGUCGGCCAAAUUGCAUAAGCUGCCUCCCUUUCUUACUGUCUCAUUACUAAGAUUUAAUUUUGAUUUUGUGAAGUGUGAACGAUACAAGGAAAUUAGCCGUUAUACAUUCCCUCUCCGGAUCAAUCUCAAGCCUUUUUGUGAACAGAGUAAACUGGAUGACUUGGAAUAUAUGUAUGACCUCUUCUCAGUCAUUAUACACAAAGGUGGUUGCUAUGGAGGACAUUACCAUGUGUAUAUUAAAGAUGUCGAUCAUUUGGGAAAUUGGCAAUUUCAAAAGGAAAAAAAACCAGGUAUGAAUUUGAAAGAUCUUCAGAAUGAAGAAGAGAUUGAUGAUCCACUGAUGAUUCUAAAAGCAGUCUUAUCACAGGAGGAGGAUAAUCUAAUUCCUGUUGAUCAGCUUGGCCAGAAACUUUUGAAAAAGAUAGGAAUAUCUUGGAACAAGAUGUACAGAAAACAGUAUGGACCACUGCGAAAGUUCUUAAAGCUGCAUUCUCAGGUAUUUCUACUCAGUUCAGAUGGAAGUACAGUUAGUCUAUUGAAGAACUGUUCUCUGGAGGCUGAGUCUGAUUUCCAAAGGAAGGACCAACAAAUUUUCAAGACACUUACUUCAGAAUCUGCAGGAUUAAGUGAUAGAAACUCUUCUCCGCACUGGUUCGACAUAAAUGAUUCCAAGGUCCAGCCCAUUGAGGAAAAAGAUAUUGAACAGCAAUUUCAGGGCAAAGAGAGUGCCUACAUGCUGUUUUAUCGGAAAUCCCAGUUGCAGAGACCUGCUGAAGCUCGAGCUAAUCCCAGAUACAAGGUUCCGCGUCAUUUACUGAAUGAGAUGGAUGCAGCCAACACUGAACUUCAAACAAAAAGGGCAGAAUGUGAUUCUACGAACAAUAAUUUGGAAUUACAUCUCCACCUGGGCUCUCAUUAUCAUUUCUUCAAUGGGGCCCUGCACCCAGUAGGCUCUCAGACAGAAAGCGCGCGGGAUUUAUGCUUUGAUAAAAGGAGAACUUUAGGAGAUCUUCGACAAUCAAUAUUUCAGCUGUUAGAAUCUUGGGAAGGAGACAUGGUUCUUAGUGUGGCCAAGUUUCUACCAGCAGGACUUCACGUCUAUGAGACACUUGACGGAGAUGACCUGACCCUGUGUGAGCUGGGAGUCGCUGACGAGGAAGACAUCUUUGUGUGGAAUGGAGUGGAGGUUGGCGGAAUCCAGAUCCCAACUGGCAGUGACUGUGAACCUCUGCUUUUGAAUGUUCUGCAUCUAGCAACAAGCAGUGAAGGGUGUCGUCAGUUGACAGAGUCUCCGCAUGUCUUUCCAGCUAACGCAGAAGUAGGCAGUGUAUUCACAGCCUUAGCAAUUCCGGUCGGUGCCGUCUUCACCAACAAGCCUGAGCCCGCCGGCGCGGAGCGCUGGGCCGCCAUUCCCGAGGAGGACACAGGGAAGACGUUCAGAGAGCAGGGUCUCGGAAACGGGAGUUCAGUUUUGAUUCAGGAUUCCAGUAAUGAGAGUAACAGUUUGUUGACCAAACAAGGGAAAUGGAUCACUAGUGUAAAUGAGGUCGACUGGGUCCAAGUUAAAAAUUUAUGUCAAUUAGAACCUGAAGAGGAGCAAGUUACAAUAUCGGCAACUGUUAACACAGUGGUGUUUGAUACUCGAAUUAAAGCCAUAAAGGAAUUAAAAUUAAUGAAGGAACUAGCUGACAACAGCUGUUUGAGACCUAUUGACAGAAAUGGGAAGCUUCUUUGUCCAGUGCCAGACAGCUACACCUGGAAGGAGGCGGACCUGCAGACGGGAAGCUUGCUGGGGCUCUGUCCUGGGAGAGCGCCGGCUUCCUCUCAGUUGUUCCUGUUUUUCGCCGUGGGCAGUGACUUUCAGCCUGGGACAGAGAUGGAAGUCAUCGUAGAAGAAACAGUAUCAGUGCGAGACUGUUUAAAGACAAUGCUGGAGAAACUUGGCCUUGCAGGGGACACAUGGCACUUACGGAAAAUGGAUUGGUGCUAUGAAGCUGGGGAGCCUUUAUGUGAGGAAGAUGCAACACUGAAAGAGCUUAUGAUACGUUCUGGAGACACUUUGCUUUUAGUCGAAGGAAAACUUCUUCCUCCGGGUUUCCUGAAGGUGCCCAUGUGGUGGUACCCGCCUCGGGGGCCCGCGGCUCCGGGGAAGAGCCAUCAGGACUGGACGAGCUGCACCCCUUCUCCGCGUGGAGCCUGGAGAGCUGCUGCCGCCCCAGGAGCUCCUGGUGAUGGGCCAGCGGACGCUUCCCUCCGCUACCUGGGAGACGUGGAAAUCUCGGAAGACGCCACCUUGGCGGAGCUCAAGGCUCAGGCCAUGACCCUGCCCUCGCUGUCGGGGCUCUUCAUCCCGUGCCCGGCCUUCCUCAGAGCCUGGACGGUGGACAGCCAGCGCCCCGGCAGGCUCCUGCGCGACAGCCGGCAGCAGCUCAGGGAACAUAAACUGGGAAGGAGAGCCGAGAUCUGCUUAGAGCCCCUGCCGGAAGAAGAAUUCUUAGGCCCCCGGGACAUGCUGCUGAGGACGCGGAUGCGCCUCCCUGGCGAGCGGGCAUACGCCCCGCCCGUGGACAUGGUGUGGGACGCCUCCCGGGGCACGGCCAGCUCCUUGCGGCAGCGCGUGGCUGAUUUCUAUUCCCUUCCUGUGGAGAAAAUCGAAAUUGCCAAAUACUUUCCAGACAAGUUUGAGUGGCUCCCAGUAUCCAGCUGGAAUCAGCAAAUAACCAAGAGGAAAAAGAAGAAAAAGCAAGAUAAUUUGCAGGGGCCGCCUUAUUACCUGAAGGAUGGAGACACUAUUGGUAUCAAGAAUCUCCUGGUUGAAGAUGACGACGAUUUCGGAACAGUCAGAGAUGACGCUGGAAAAGAAAGCCAGACACAGCUCUCUCUGGGGACAAGGACAAGACAGGAGCCCCUUCGUGUGCAGAGCAGCAACGUUUCCUCCAGUGCAGAGACACCGGACCGGCCCCACAGACCAGAAGCCUCUCUCUCCAUCCACGUCGGGAGCUUCAGAUAGCGCCAGCCCCCGCCGAGGUCCCCACGGGCACAGCACCUC